CGCAUAUCAGGGAUCAUUGUGAGUCUGCGCGGAUAACCGCUAAGCAGCGGAGUGUUACAACAAUAUAGAGAAUAGCGAGUUAUAUCCAGACCACAUCCCUUACUUCAAACCUGCUCUGGGCUGAUCAGUGUAUUUAUGUGCGUGUAUUUUUCAUUCAUUGCCUUAAUUAGACGUCUGUUCCCUCGUUCAUCUUUGAGAGAGAGAGACACUACUUGACCGCAGAAGUUUUUACGAGGCGUCUUGAGGGAAUGUUUUUUGUGCACCAGCGCGCGACGCAGCAGUUACAACGCCAGUGACUGUCAGCGCGAGACACUCUGCAUUCUGCAUCGUGUUGAUACGUCCUUUCUCGACACCCUUCUUCCUGCUGGGACAAUCUGAUGGUGAUUUGAAGAACUGCAGCAGAUUUCCAGUGUACCUUUUUACCAUCCAGCACUUUGCUGUUCCCCUCUGCUGCUGCUGAUCGGCGGAUACAAUCACAUCAGUGCUCCAAACAAAAUGGCUUCCACAGUGAGAAAAUGUCAGCACCUGUUUUUAACACUCAUCCUUCUCCCUUUGAUCUACUGCAUGCACCCAGACUGUGUCAUUCAGUUAGAGAAAGAGAAGUGCAUGGAAAGGAUGACCAUGGAUGACCCUAGCAGUGAACCUGAAUUGGUCUGCCGAUGGAUGUGGGACAACCUCACCUGCUGGGAGCCAGCAAAAAUUGGUCAAGUGGUCUGGAUGCCUUGUCCCGAGCUAUUUGAAUUCAUGAGUGAGCAGAAUGAUGAGUUUGGAAAGGUCAGCCGUAACUGCACCGAGGAGGGCUGGUCAGAGAUGUUCCCUCACUACGUAGAUGUUUGCCCUUUUAAUGAAAAUGGGACAAGUCCAGACAUGUACUAUGUGUCAGUAAAGGCUCUUUAUACUGUGGGCUACAGCACCUCACUGGUGUCUCUCACCACUGCCAUGGUCAUUCUCUGCAGGUUCAGGAAGCUGCAUUGCACCAGGAAUUUCAUUCAUAUGAACUUGUUUGUGUCCUUCAUCCUGAGGGCCAUUUCAGUCUUCAUUAAAGAUGGCAUUUUAUAUGCAGAGGAGGACAGCAGCCAUUGCUUUAUACACACUGUGGAGUGUAAAGCAGUGAUGGUAUUUUUUCAUUAUUGUGUUUUGUCAAACUACUUCUGGCUGUUUAUCGAGGGCUUGUAUCUCUUUACGCUGCUUGUUGAGACAUUCUUUCCUGAGAAAAGAUACUUCUACUGGUACACCAUUAUUGGAUGGGGUACUCCAACAAUCUGUGUGGCUGUCUGGGCAGUCUUAAGAGCUCAUUUUGAUAACAUUGGUUGCUGGGAUAUUAAUGACAACGCUGCCAUCUGGUGGGUGAUCAAGGGUCCUGUUCUUGCCUCCAUCAUGAUCAACUUUAUACUCUUUAUUGGCAUCAUUAUAAUCCUGGUGCAGAAGCUGCAGUCUCCAGAUAUUGGAGGGAAUGAAUCCAGCAUUUAUCUGCGUCUGGCUCGCUCCACUCUUCUCCUCAUUCCUCUAUUUGGAAUUCACUAUACCGUGUUUGCUUUCACACCGGAAGAUGUCAGCAAAAGAGAAAGACUCGUGUUUGAACUUGGUCUUGGUUCUUUUCAGGGUUUUGUAGUAGCUGUCCUUUACUGUUUUCUUAAUGGAGAGGUGCAGUCCGAAAUCAAACGAAAAUGGCGCAGCUGGACGGUGAACCGGUACUUUGCUGUGGAUAUGAAGCACAGGCACCCGUCUCUGGCCAGCAGUGGUGUGAACGGGGGCACACAGCUCUCCAUCCUCAGCAAGAGCAGCUCACAGAUCCGCAUGUCCAGCCUGCAGGCUGAAACACCGGCCACAUGAGCGCUCAGACGACCAAACUCCUUAGAACUAGAGCUACAAAAUAACUUACGUCAACAUCCAAGUCCUGUUUCAUCUUUUGAGUCUGCAUAGUGUCGGUUGAAGCCGUAAUAUCUGUCAACCCUCCAUAGAUGACAGGCUUUUGCUACAGAACUCUGAGGAGCUCACAACCAAUGGUCUAUUGUGUGCCAAGCAAACAUGGAUACCUUUGAUACAGACUUACGGAGGAAUCAGAUUUGAUCCGAACUGAAUGGAAUUACAGACCGAGGGGAAAUAAUGAUUCCAUAGCAAUCCAGUAUUUAGGAUGUGUUCAUCCAGAAAGCUAUAGCUGGUGAACAAAAUGGAUAUUUUUGUACAUAUCAACAUCACAAGUCUCUCGUGCUUCAUUUCUCUGUCUGUGAAGAUUUGUGACGGUUCGAGAUUCUCAGUAUUUGAUCAUCAAAGCAUCAUUGAAGAGGACGAAGACAGUAGCCCACCUCACCGCAAUGGGAUGCGGGACAUGAAAAGUCCUUUUUGAAGGAGAAGGAACCACAUAUUUCACACAGGAGCUUAAUGAAUAACUCAUCCCCAGUUCCUAAUACCAAUUUAAUAUGUAAAUAUUUCCAUAUGUUGUAACUGUAGAAUGAAGGACUGAAGGAAAAAUCAAGUUUAAGGACUACGAAGUUUAAGGAUCCACAUUCUGGAUGCUUCUUGGGCACAGUGUUGGAAUCUUUUAUAGUCAAAACCUCAUUAAAACAGUGAGUAACUUGUCAAUUUGUUUUCAUGAGUAGAUUCCUCCUGUGUUUGUACAUGUGUUCCUAUUUUUUUAAACAGCCGCUAGUGCAGAAAAUGUCAGUUAGAAUACAACAAGUUCAUGCCACAAUGUUGGCAUAUUAAUAUAUAACUGGGUAAUAUGGGUGUAAUAGAUUUGUAAUAUGCAUGUUGAUUCUUCCCCCACACACUUCUAUGACUACUAGCUGUAAUACAGUGAAUUUACAGCAAAGAAUUAUGAAACAUUACACUCUUAUCAAUAAAUAAAUUCUGUAUAAGCUAUUUUGUUUAUUUUUUUUUUCUGUUUAAAGGCUGAGCAUUUUCUUAUAGCUGUUCUGACACAUAUUUGAUCUUUUGCUCAUUUUGUAAUUUAAUGUCAAAAGCAUUUACAAAUAGAGCACUUUUAAGAUUCCAAAGAAGAUUUUUUUGAAUAUUUGACCUCUUAAUAUGUCAUUUGCCGUACAAGUUUGCAAGUCUUUGCGACUGAUGUCACUGCAUAAGAAGAUGUUUUUUUGCUUCUUCAAAGUGCCUUUUUUUUUGCACAAAAGAGACAUCAGUUUGGUUUUACAAAGACAAACUGCAACACAUAACUGCAUCCCUCUUUGAAAGUACAUUCAUUAUGCUUCAGCAAACCUUAAGAGGCCUUGAGAGAAUUCAAGCUAGUUCCUCUCUUUUCUUUGGCGUAUCUUUUUACAGGCCUUCAGUUUUCUUUCAGUAACCCUUAAGAAAGAAAAAGGUUUGUGCAUAUGUAAUUUGAUAUAUAUGUAAUCAUUCCAAAAACUUAAAAAAAAAGUUUAUUUUGGAGGAUAAAUGUUUUACAUAAAAAUGUAUAUAAUAAUUAUACAUUACAGUUUUUUUCCCCCAUUUUAGUUUUAAUAUGAUAAAUACUUAUUUAUAUGUAAAACUACACUGUAUUAUAGUUUUGUUUUUUGAGUAAGUACUGAUCAUCUUAGUUUGACUUUAAGUGGAAUGUUUAGUGUGUAUAAUUGUUUAAAAAAAAAAAAAAAAAAAGGGCAGGGUGAUUCCUAGCCUGACGUUAUUUUGAUCUACAGUAGGUGGGAUCAGUUAUUAUUAUCCAUGUAGGGCACUUAUCAUCUGUACAAGGUGUAAAAUGACUUUGAUUUCAAUAAAUGUAAUUUUAGCAUAUGACAAAGAAUUAUGAUUAGCAAAUAAAAAGCAGCUGACUAAUAAUUAUUGAAUAUUCUGUACAGUGUAUUCAAUUAAAGCAUCGUCUUCUCAAGAGAUGUUACUUCUGUAAAAUCUGUGUCAAAUUCAGUGACACAAUCAGUGUGCGCUCGUGUUACUCUCUGAGUAAACAAGCUUUGGCAAUACAUUGUGGACAGAUUGUGUGCAGAGAAACAAGUAGGAUUCCUUUUUACUGUAAAUGUCAAAAUGACACAAAAGCUAGUGUGUAACUGCGGCUGUUUCACACAUCAUAAGCUGGGGUUUAUUUAAAAAACGAGAAUUGUGAUUAAAGAGCUCUUGGUGAUAAUGUUGUUUAAAUGUGCAGUUCUCAGCAUCGCUGGCUAUUCCUCUUAAACGAUGCAUGCAUUUCCUGUGAUCUGUUGGGCGCGAAAGCACACGAAGAAAGUAGGUGGCUUAUUAUAUUGAUGUACAGCAAUAUGUUUGUUGUUUUACGAGAAAAUACCACAGUGACAAAAAUAAGUGAGUAUUACCCAUAGGGCCAACAAGCAUGUGCACUUUCUUAAAACACAUCUUGACUAUUUUUUUUUAUUAUAUCCCGGGAAUUAUUACAGUGUUUUUUGUAGUCUACAAUAGGCUGAGGACAUUUCAAAUGAUCUAAAAAACACCUCUCUUAUACUUCUCAUUUAUAGUAGUGGGAUUGCAGUGCUGCUACAGAUUCUACACACAGACUUACCCAGAACUAGAAUACUUGCACAUUUUAUACCUCAUUCAACAGAAAUGACUGAACCUUCAGCACACGGGCCUGCAAGCACCACUACACAUUUAUACACAAAAAUGGGCUGAUGGGAAACGAAGUAAACUGUCAGCAUUACACGGGUAUGGAGAUGGAAAUGUGUGGGGUUUUAUAUUUCAGAAAUGUACUUUUUUUUUUUUUUGUGAGUGAAAAUGUAUUAUAACUAAUACUGUAGAAUAAGCUAUUGAUUUAGAUGUAAUAUAUGAAAAUUCAUUGUUGUUGUUGUUUAUGGAGUAUGAUACACUUAAUGUAACCUCAUGCAAACUACAUGUGGAAACUUUGUUUCGGAUUUUCAACUGACAUAUCACAAAACAAGAAUGUAGGAUUUAGAAUACUAAUAAUACAGAGGUUUGACAGACUUGUAAUGACUAGAUUCAUUUAAAUGUUCUAGAAGAUGUUUACUGCACCUACACUUGCUUUUGUGGAGAGUUGCUGGCUUUUUAUGUUUUUCUUUGUGCAUAUGUCACUGACUGUGAUGUGAAAUAAUUUUUUGUUGGAUGUAUGGUUAAUGUUUUUGCACAUUAUAGACUUUUUGAAACCUCAUUAAAUGUUUUUGACAAGUGAA